ACAGCUGAACGGCUCGUACCCGAGCAGCAGAAGCAGCAGCACCAGCAGCAGCAACGCAGUGUGAUACCGUCACAACACUCACUUUAAAGUCCCGUUUUCACGAGAAGCACCGACACCGUGCGACGCUUUUCUCCCCUUAAUUCCUGGACGUGUUUUCAGCUCAUUUGGAGGACUUUAACCGUAAAAACCUCGGAAUACAUUUAAAUCUUUGUUCUUGGUUUUUUUUCUUGCCGAGUGAGAAGAGGGAUCCGUGUCCGGAUGUGGCAGCAGCAGUGUCGGGUCGGGUUUUUUCGCAUGGCGUAGGCACCUUUUUCUGAAGCGAGAUAUUCUCGGUGUGUCGGGAAAAGGCCCCUCGGGUCUACAUCUUAUUUACAGCAUUGUGCUUCCACAUUGACGAUUUGUGAAGGAAAAACAUGAGCGACAUGAUUGUGCAAUAGAAAAGAACAAGAAGAAGAAGAAGCAGCGCUACCAACCCUGUGUUGACUGUGGACACAGAGAAAAAUACACCAGGGAUCAUUUUUGUUUUUGUUUCCUCCUUUAACAACAACAGCGCCGCAUUUUCCAACGUUGUGAGAACUGCUGUGAAGGAGAGGAGGUAAAGAGGGAAUAUCCGUGUCCCUUUUCCCUGUGUGUGGUGUAUGUGUGCGGUCAAAUCCCUCCGUGGACCGGGUAAACCUUCGCGAUGACGGGCAGCACUCCAGCGGACAUGAUUAACUUGCGGCUCAUUUUAGUCAGCGGGAAGACGAAAGAAUUCCUCUUCGCUCCGAGUGACUCAGCUGCAGACAUUGCCAAACACGUCUAUGACAACUGGCCUAUGGACUGGGAGGAAGAACAGGUCAGCAGUCCUAACAUCCUGAGGCUGAUCUACCAGGGACGUUUUCUACACGGCAACGUAACACUAGGAGCCCUCAAACUGCCCUUGGGGAAGACCACAGUGAUGCAUUUAGUUGCCAGAGAGACUCUGCCUGAGCCAAAUUCCCAAGGUCAGAGGAACAGAGAGAAGACCGGGGAGAGUAACUGCUGUGUCAUUCUGUAAAUACACCUGCCCCCCCUUUGCUGCCGGCCCUCAAAACCCGUCGUUCGGUUCUUGCCCUCAACUCUCUGGACCCAGUGAGCUUGUGCCCUCUCAUGGAGCCCGUCCACGAAACAGAUUUGCAUACGGAUAAACACACACACAAACACACUCUCUCUCUCUCUCUCUUACUUUCUUUCUCCCUCUCACAUACACACACACGUAGAGUCCAUAGGAAGACAGUAGGCUCAGUCAAACUGAACCAGGACACAGAGUUGGGAGGAGGAAAUUGAUUAACGAUAAGUUAGCUGAUCCACUUUGUUGUACUCAAUUCGUUGUUGUCACUGAGAAUUAGAGGAGGGAACUGGAUUUGCAUGUUGUUGUUUUUUCUUUUGUCUAAUGCACACCUUUUAAAGCCUUCUGCUGUACACAUACACACACACACACACACACACACA